CUUCCUGGGGCAGGGAGACAGGUUUACGAAAUCUUCGUUGUGAGAAGUCAGAAAAUUAUGGACAGCAGAAAGGCUCAAUUUUGACAGUAGGUUAUUGAUUUCAAACUUCGAAAGAAGCGAUUCUCGUAUUGCCCGCUAUGGGGGGUAAUCAAAAGUCUCAGAAGAACAAGGCUCACAAGACUCGGUUUGCCUCGAAAUCUUCUCGGAAUGUGCACAAACUUGCUGGUGACGCUCCGAAAAGCCGUGGCAAAGUGGCAGCUCGUGUACCAUCGCAUGGCCAGCGUGCGAAGGAUUUGAGACACCAACGAACUAAAAAUAUUAGAGACCAAAAGCGCGCAAGUCUUCUUGCAGAGAAGCGUGCGAACAGUGGAGCGUUAGCGUCCCCUCGUAUCCUGGCUAUCGUCGCUCUUUCUCCCAAAGUCGAUGUGCAGCUGCUGAAGAAGUGGAUUGCGUCCACUGCCUCGACAGAUGAGAAGGACCUUGCAAAUGGGGUUUCUGAUGAUGUUAUGGAGACUGAGCAAGUGGUUACUGUGGAAUCAGGUCCAGUCACUGUUGUGGUUCCACGGUACAAGUCCAGAUUCACAGUUAUUGAAGCACCUCGUGAUGACCUCCAAGCCUGCCUUGAAGUCUCGAAGGUGGCAGAUAUUGUCGCCUUCGCAGUACCUGCAGAAGACGCAGAGUACAUUGACAAAGUGGGCAAGUCUCUGCUUUCUAUGUUGCGAGGCGCAGGGUUACCCAAUUGUACUGGAUUUGUUACGGGUUUGGCGGGAGUGCCUGACAAGAAACGACCUGAUGCUAAAAGGGCUGCUUCUGCGGCUUUGAUGACAGAGCUUCCCGAAGAUAGCAAAUGUUUUGGAACAGAAACUGUAGAUGACUUUCAGCAGAUGAUGCGCCACCUUGCUGAGCAACGCCUUUCGGAACCGAAGUGGCGAAGCGAAAGGCCGUACAUUGUAGCUCAAGAGCUUACGUUUUCUCCAACUUCCUCAAUGUCAGGAACAUUGGUUCUCUCCGGAUAUAUUCGAGCUCGAACUCUGUCCGUGAACCAGCUGGUACACGUGGCUGGAGUUGGUGACUUUCAACUGAGUCAAGUUGACGUUGUAGAAGAUCCCUCACCUCUUCGCCCGCGUCGUAAACAAGCUGGUGAGGGACAAAUGGUCGUUGAGAAUUCCGAGGAUCCAACGGGAUUUACUUCUGUGCAACCAGAUCCCGAAAGUCAGGAGUCUGUUGUCGUGGAGAACAUUCCUGACACUUUAGCUGGCGAGCAGACUUGGCCUACGGAGGAAGAGCUAGCGCAGGCUGGAGAAGAGAACAACAAAAAAUCCAAGAAGAGGUUAUUGCCUAAAGGAACAUCUGAAUAUCAGGCUUCAUGGAUUGUCGAAGACUCAGACGAGGAACAUGAUGAAGUUGAAGAUGACGGGGAAGACGGCGUAAUGAAGGCAGCAAGCGACGAUGACGACGAAGAUAAAGAUGAAGAGGGCAGUGUAAUAUCAGAAGACGACGUACAUGUUGACCUUAAGCCAGAAUCUGUUUGGGGCGAUGACGAAGAUGAUACUCAAAGCGAAAUGAUGGACGAUGACGACCUAACUCCAGCACAGAGAGCUGCGGAGAUCCAAAGGCUUAGAGCUUCUCAUGCAACCGAUGAAGAAUUUCCGGAUGAGAUUGACACACCAAUGGACAGACCAGCAAGAGAAAGAUUCGCGAGAUAUAGGGGCCUGAAGUCAUUUCGAACUUCACCUUGGGAUCCUAAGGAAUCCUUGCCUCUGGAGUACAGCAAAAUAUUUGCCUUUGACAAUUUUGCGCGCACCCAAAAGCAUGUCUUUUCCAAAGCGGCAGAAAGAGACCGAAAGCACGUGCCGGGCUGUAUCGGUGUUCAUACCUAUGUUAGACUUCAUAUAAAAGAUGUACCUUCAGGAGCCGCAGAACGAUUAUUGACAUCCUUCAGACAAGUUCCCCUUGUUGCAUGUGGCCUUUUUCAGCACGAAACGAAAAUGUCCGUUUUGCAUUUCAGCAUCAAGAAGAGUGAAGGAUGUACCGAAGCAAUCAAGUCCAAAGAUACUCUUAUUUUCCACACAGGUUUUCGUCAUUACACCACGAGACCCAUAUUUUCCACCGAUGAUAUGAAUAUGGACAAACAUAAGUAUGAAAGGCAUCUGCGUCAAGGGCAGUUCUCCAUAGCCACGGUUUUCGCUCCCGUCACUUUCCCCCCGCAUCCCUUAGUGGUAUUUAAGGAAUUUCCAGACGGCAUCAAGCUCGUUGCCUCGGGUUCUCUCCGCAGUGUUGAUCCUAAUCAGAUCAUCCUGAAGAGAAUUGUCCUUUCUGGUUAUCCUCAUCGAGUCUCGAAACGGAAAGCUGUCGUGCGCUUCAUGUUCCACAAUCCCGAAGAUGUCCGAUGGUUUAAGCCUUUGGAGUUGUGGACGAAGUAUGGUCGACGAGGAAGGAUCAAAGAACCUGUCGGCACUCACGGGUCAAUGAAGUGUGUAUUUGACGGAGUAACGCAACAGCGUGAUGCGGUUUGUGUUAGCUUGUACAAGAGAGUAUAUCCCAAAUGGCCAUCAUCUUGAAGACAUACGACCUUAACGGAGAUUUGAACCAAAUUUUUUCCGAGCCUAAGAAGCUCGAGUUCCCUGAGAAUUAGGUUGCCGAUGGCCACUCAAGUAAAAUCAAACCGAGAUUUUUGCUCCGUGCUUGUUAUGAAAUUUGUGGCAACUGCAGCGAGUACAAACCGAGAUAAAUGUCGGCCUUGUUCGUCGCGGGACAUGUUGAUUGCAAGUUUACGAUCAGGUUUGAACCAAUUUUCCGAGUCUAAUAAAAGCUCGAGUUCCCUGAGAAUGAGGUUGCUGAGGGCUACUCAAGUGAACUCAAACCGAUUUUCUUGCCCCGAGGUUGUCAAGAGUUCUGUGGCAAACUGCCGCGAGACUGAACUGAUCGGCCUAGUCCGUCGCGGGGACUUGUUAAUUGCAAGGCGAUGAUAAGGUUGAAGCACUUGGGAGCCUUUGUUGUCUGGUGAUUCAAGGGAAUCAGACCGUGACCUAAAGGCUGCCAUCUCCUGAUGCCACUGACGGUCAGUAACAUAUAUUCUGAGCUGUCAACACGGGUAGUGAGAUUGCGUAGUGUAAUAUAUUAGACGUAAUCGAUGACAAACAGAUUGAGUCACGCCAAUUCGUGA